GUUGAAAUAGCGAAUAACGUUACCCAUCUAUGGUUUGGUUAUCAUUUUUCCAUUCAAUGACGUAGAGUUGCCAUAUUUUUUCUGCGGAUGCCUACUAGUUAGGGGGGUCAAUCGAAUUGUUGGUGUUCGGAGAUGGCUGUACAAGAUGGUUUGUGAUAACCAAAUGGUGCGCGUAAUGAACGAUUGAAGAAGAGAUCGAAAACAGGGCGCGUCAUUUCGACAGGAAUUUUAGCGAAAUAUAACAAUGUCGUAUAAGGAAGUAAAGACGAGUAACAAUAGUGGAAAUGUCAUCUGUAGAUUGUGGUAAAAAACAGCGUUAUCUACAAGGCGACAUGUCAGAUUCGUCGCGAUAUCUUUAUGGCCAUCUUCCUCCCGACAUUAUGUCGAAAGGACUUUCCAACAAUGGCAUAGGAGGAAAAUUAUGUCAACUUGAAGGCCUAUUUAUCGGUGAUUCUGCUCCAAGUGGACGAGCCGGUCAUACCGUUUCGAUUGAGACACUUAUUGAUGUUUUGCUUGUGCUAUACGACGAAUGCUGCAAUUCUUCGUUACGCCGUGAAAAGACUGUUUCCGAUUUUAUUGAGUUUGUGAAACCAAUAACUUCAUGCAUCAAAAGCUUGCAAUUGACACGAGAGGACUUUGAAAUCGUCAAAGUCAUUGGUAGAGGUGCUUUUGGGGAAGUAUGCGUUGUAAGAAUGCGCGGCUCGGACAAGGUAUUUGCUAUGAAAAUUUUGAACAAAUGGGAAAUGUUAAAACGUGCCGAAACAGCGUGCUUUAGAGAAGAAAGGGACGUAUUAGUGUAUGGUGAUCGCAGAUGGAUCACGAAUCUGCAUUAUGCCUUUCAAGAUGACAAUAACUUGUAUCUGGUCAUGGAUUACUAUUGCGGAGGAGAUUUGUUAACGUUACUGAGCAAAUUCGAGGAUCGCCUACCCGAGGAUAUGGCUCGAUUUUACAUAGCAGAAAUGGUGCUAGCUAUAGGUUCUAUACAUGACUUACGCUAUGUACAUCGUGACAUAAAACCCGAUAAUGUUUUAUUGGAUGCGAAUGGUCAUAUCAGAUUAGCUGACUUCGGUUCUUGUUUACGACUGUUCGAGGAUGGUACGGUGCAAAGUAAUGUCGCUGUUGGUACACCGGACUACAUUUCACCAGAGAUAUUGAGGGCAAUGGAGGAUGGUCAAGGACAAUAUGGUCCUGAAUGCGAUUGGUGGUCUCUUGGAGUGUGUAUGUAUGAAAUGCUUUAUGGCGAAACACCUUUUUAUGCAGAAUCUCUAGUCGAGACUUAUGGAAAAAUUAUGAAUCACAAGAAUUGUUUUGAUUUUCCUAUGGACACUAUGUAUGAUGUUUCUGAAGAAGCCAAAGAUCUGAUGCGGAAAUUGAUUUGCAGCUCUGAAUUUAGACUAGGCCAAAAUGGAAUUGAUGACUUUAAGAAACAUCCAUGGUUCGAUGGAGUCGAUUGGGAUACGCUGAGAGAUAGCACUGCGCCGUACAUUCCUGAAGUUUCAUCACCUAGUGACACGUCCAACUUUGACGUUGAUGAUACUGAUGUUCGCACUUCCGAUGCUGUUCCACCAGCCGCGAAUUCUGCCUUUUCUGCGCUUCAUUUACCAUUUGUUGGUUUUAGUUUUACGCAAGGAAGUUGCAUAUCGGAUCUGGGUUGUAUUUCUGCUCUAUCUCAGACAGACAAACGUAUACAGAUACUCGAAGAAGAAAAUACACGAUUGGUACAAACUAUUGAUGAUAUGAAAAAUCAUUCGAGUAUAAGUCAUUCUUCGCCUGGUAUCUCGCCAGAUUCUAAUAAUGCGACCAGAAAACUACAAGAUGAAAUAAACACGCUCACAAAACGCAAUUGUGAAUUGGAGUCACAGUUGAAAUCUAUGGAUAUUCCACGCGAAUUACGAACUUUAGAUAAUGGUGACAUGACGAAAUUCCGGGAACUUGAGAAACUAGUUCGAUGUCUACGCUCGGAGAAAGAAGAAGCCAUCAAGGACAAGUUGGACGCGCAGGAGAAAUUAAAGCUUCAAGACAAGGAGUUGAAGGAUGCGCUCACGCAACGUAAACUCGCAAUGACGGAAUAUACGGAAGUAUCGGAUAAAUUAUCCGAACUGCGGCAACAGAAGCAAAAAUUAUCGAGACAGGUUCGUGACAAAGAGGAAGAGUUAGAAGUUGCGAUGCAGAAGGUCGAUACUUUACGCCAUGAUAUUCGGAAAGCUGAGAAACUGCGUAGAGAGUUAGAGAAUAGAAUCGAUGAAGCGAUGGCGGAGACGAGCAAAGAAAGGAAAUUAAGGGAACGCAGCGAGGAAUAUUGCAAACAGAUGCAAGAAGAGAUGGAGAAGAUCAGACAACGUUCUCUUGGAAAUGAUGCUAGUGCGAAUCACGCUUUGGCCACUCAAGAAAUUAAUAGGUUAAAGGCGGAAGUUGAAAAGCUUGAGGUUCAAUAUAACGAAAACUUGACUCAACAACAAAGUAGAUUUAACCUUGAAAUUCGAAGUUUGCAAGAACAAUUGCAUGAAGCCGAAACUAGAAGAGAACUGUUGGAAAGAGAGGUGCAACUCACCAAGGAGAAAUUGGAUGCUGCAAGAUUGGAAAAUAUCACCGAUAGCGAAGAAACUAUAAAUGAGUUAAAUAGACGUCAUGACAGAGAAAGGAUUAUAUUAGUUGAAGAAAAUAAGAAGCUUGUGUUAGAACUCGGUGCCCUCACCGAUAGCGUUAGUAGAUUACAGGGUGAAAGAAGACAGUUGGAGGACGAAUACGAAGAAUUGAGGAACAAGAAAGAAGCUAUAGCGCAGUGGGAAGCUCAAAUUACCGAAAUUAUUCAGUGGGUAUCGGAUGAAAAAGAUGCUCGUGGAUAUUUGCAGGCCUUGGCUACAAAAAUGACAGAAGAAUUGGAAUUCCUGAAACACUCUGGUGGAGUUGGUGGUGUUGGAAGUGGAACUACAAUGACGGAUAAAAAUUGGCGAAAUCGUCGAUCGCAGAAGCUCGAUAAGAUGGAACUUUUGAAUUUGCAGAGCUCCUUACAAAGUGAAAUACAAGCGAAGCAAGCAAUUUCAGAGGAACUCACCAAGACUCGUUCGGAUUUGAUAGCUGCACAAAAGGAAUUGAGGGAUUUCAAGCAGCGAUUAGAUACCAUGUCGCAUGAAUUAAAGCGAAAAGAUAUGCAAGUAAAAGAGUUGCAAGCGCGUCUCGAUACCGGGGAUGGCUUACGGUAUGCGAUUCUGAUUUCUAGACUACAAAGUGCCUCUGUUUAUUGGCGUAACGAGCUGCGUGUGGGGCCUCUUGUUGCUCAUCUUCAAACUAUAUUUGUGACAGCUGUCUCAUCCAGCGAUACAACAAGCAAACCUCCAAACAUCGUUAGCACCAAACCCCAACGUAUCAUCGUACAUCAGCCGUCGUCACCCCUACCAGUAAUGCGUGCCCCCCGCAUCACGACUUGUCGCUUAUUAACUAGAUUCGUUCCAGUCAACACGUUCAUCAGUCAGAAUGCCGUCACCAUCGUAUCGCCGCCCGUUCUAGAACGUCCUACAUCACAGAUGUCAUAUCUCGAGCACUUUCUUAAAGAAACCACAAGUAGUACACGUCAUGGAAGUGUUGACAGUGUGGAAGGUGACAUUGAGGACAAUCGUGCACCUAGUAUUACGAGCAGCAAAAGUAAUCUGUCUGAACUUAGUAUCGAUCCAACUUCGCCAUUAUCCCAUGAACUUCUGAACAAGUCUUCGUCUACUCAUGGUCAAAUCAAUUUACAACCAAAGCCUAAAUCACAUCAAUUUCUCGUACGGACGUUUUCAGCACCGACAAAGUGUAAUCAUUGCACGUCUUUAAUGGUUGGUUUAACGAGGCAAGGAGUCGUAUGCGAAGUGUGCGGUUUCGCGUGCCAUAUGCCUUGUUGCGACAAAGUACCUUCAAUGUGUCCUGUACCCCAUGAUCAAACCAAACGACCACUGGGGAUCGAUCCUACACGUGGGAUAGGUACUGCAUACGAAGGAUACGUUAAAGUGCCAAAAAUGGGUGGUGUCAAAAAGGGUUGGGUGCGUCAAUUCGUCGUAGUUUGUGAUUUCAAAUUAUUUCUUUAUGACAUUUCACCAGAUCGCAAUGCUUUGCCAUCUGUAUACGUUUCGCAAGUUCUGGAUAUGCGAGAUGAAGAAUUUAGCGUCAGCUCCGUUCGUGAUUCCGACGUGAUACACGCUACAAAGAAGGACAUUCCGUGUAUAUUUAGGAUAACUACGUCAUUAUUGGAGCCUCCUGGAUUGAGAAAUCAUACGUUAAUGUUGGCAGAUACGGAGAGCGAAAAAACAAAAUGGGUAGUAGCCUUAAGCGAACUUCAUAGGAUUUUAAAGAGAAACAAUCUUCCAAACACAACGAUUUUUAGAGCGAAAGAACUAUUGGACAAUACCUUGGCAUUCAUCAAAAACGUGAUGUCAGGAGCAAUCAUUGAUCCGGAUCGUCUAGUCAUUGGUACAGAGGAAGGUCUCUUCUGCUUAGAUUUAGAUCGUAGUGAAAUUGCGAGAGUCGGGGAAGGAAAAAAGAUAUAUCUUCUUGAAUAUGUUACGGAGGAACAAUUAAUAGUGGUAUUGAGUGGAAAACAACGUCAUGUACGGCUGGUUCCAGUACGUGCCUUGGAUGGAGAUGAAGUCGAAUGGAUUAAAGUAGCAGAGACUAAAGGCUGCAUCACAUUAACAACUGGAGUAGUGCGUCGGAAUCCGCUUAAUUAUUGCUUAUGCGUUGCAAUAAAAAAACAAAACGCGUCUCAAAUUAUCAUCUAUGAGAUAACACGUACGAAAACAAGACAUAAACGCAUACGUGAAUUAAUGUUACCAUGUCAUGCACAAACCUUACAAAUUCUUUCCGAAGGACGCUUGUGCGUUGGUUAUCCGUCAGGUUUUUCUAUUUACAGCAUUUUAGGAGAUCAUCAUCCUAUUUCCUUGGUCCACGCUGAGAAUACGCUCUUGGGUUUCCUCACCUAUAGUGCCGUGGAUGCGUUACGUUGCAUAGAAUUAACACGCGGUGAAUUCUUAUUAGUCUUCCAUACAUUAGCAGUAUAUGUUGAUAGUCAGGGAAGAAAGAGUCGAGAUCGGGAGAUAAUGUAUCCUGCAGUUCCUACGGCAGUUAGUUAUUGUGAGGGAUAUCUUUUGGUGUAUAGCGAGACUCAUAUCGACGUGUUUGACUGUACAUCUGGAGACUGGUUACAAACGCUUAAUGUGAAACGAGCCCGACCGUUGAAUAUCUCAGGCUCUCUUACGUCUUGCAUAAUAAAUGAUAUGCCAUAUGUUAUUUAUCUCAGCAAUCUGCAUCAGCGGGAAUUAUUAAAUUUGCUGCCCUUGGAUGCGAGCGGUAGACAAAUGACAAGGCCACGACGAAGAUUUUCAUUACGAGAAGGCAAUAGAGCUGUUCGUCCUACAGAUAGACGUUCGAAAAUGAUUUCUGCACCGACAAAUUUCAAUCAUAUUAGUCAUAUGGGUCCAGGAAAUGGGAUCCAGAUACAACGUUUAUUAGAUUUGCCUACGACAUUGGAAACUGCUGAUCAACAACAUACGAGUCAUCAUGGUAGUUCUCAUCUUCAUAGUAGCCAGCAAAGACUAUAUGAUACUACGCUUCAAACACCGAACAAACCAGCACCAUUGCCUCCUAGGCAUCCCCCUUCUGAUGCACGUCGCCUGAGCUCGCAUAUGUCAAGAAACUCUGGAUAUUCGCCGCACAACGGUUCGACAACAUCACGAAGAGGUCCUGCGCCACCAAGACCAACUGCCACGCCUCCUUCCUUACCGCGCACUCCGGUGGACCAAAUUGAUUCUGAAUCAUUACAUUUGCGUUCACACACUCCGCUCUCUCUCGGCAGUAUUGCAUCUUUACAUAACAAGGAGCAUCCAUCUGGUGGCAGCCCUAGACACUCUAUAGCUUCGAACAAUAGCUCAAAUCCAUCAACGCCACCGAGUCCUGCCCAUGAUCAUGGAUCGUCAUCGUAUGAUUCAUAAAUUUAUUUAACUUUUACGAAGAUUUAGAUAAACGGUAUGUAUCUAGUACAUAUUUAAGGAAAACGAUCAAUUUGAUAUGUAUUAUACAUAUGCAUAUGUAUACCUGUACG